AUGUUCACUCCAGAACAGUUCUCGAAGGUUAUGUCCCAGUUGGGUAACUUCUCCCAAUUGGGUCAAAUGUUCCAACCCGGAAAUUUGGCGAUGCUUCAAGCACUUCAAGCCAAUGGAUCCACAGCCACUCCAUCUCUAUUCCCAACUAUGCCAGUGAUACCAUCCCUCGCUGCUCCAUCAUCACCAACAACCUCAAAUUUGACUGUUGACCAGAUCGUGAAAACCUGUAAGAAACUGGAGAGCGAAGGAGACGUUGACGGUCUAUUCCGAUUCAUGUGCACUAUUCCCCCACAGACGGUCCAAGAGGUGUCCGCAAAUGAGACGUACCUCCGAGCAAGAGCUCUCGUUUGUUUUCAUGCAGGUCACUUCCGAGAGCUUUACUCGAUUCUGGAGAACAACAAAUUCUCACAUGAGUACCAUCCGAAGCUUCAAGAGAUGUGGCACGAAGCCCAUUACCGAGAGCAGGAGAAGAAUCGUGGAAAAUCCCUUUGUGCCGUCGACAAAUACCGUGUCCGCAAGAAGUUCCCAAUGCCAAGAACUAUUUGGGAUGGAGAACAGAAGACACAUUGCUUCAAGGAGAGAACUCGAUCACUUCUUCGAGAAUGGUAUCUUAAGGAUCCAUACCCGAAUCCACCAAAGAAGAAGGAGUUGGCCAGUGCGACUGGAUUGACACAGAUGCAAGUUGGAAAUUGGUUCAAGAAUCGAAGGCAAAGAGAUCGGGCAGCAGCAGCCAAGAACAAGAUGAAUACGACUGGAGUAGAACUGAGAAAGAUCGCAUCUGACAUGUCGGAAUCAGAUGAUGACUUCGACGAUUCAAUGACAGAUUCACCAAGUCCGAUCGACGAACCAAAGGAUCUGAGCAAGAGUAAUCUUUCCAAACUCCAGCCAUCCCUUCUUCCAAAGAUCACAACUCCAUUUGAUAUGUUUGCUGCCGCGUCGUCAAAUCCAUUGCUCAUGAUGAAUCCAGCGAUGUUUUUGCAAUUCCACAGUUUCCUGAACUCAAUGAAAAACUGUCAAGGAGAAGAGGAUGAGAAUUUAGAAGCAAGCGUGAAGGUUGAAGCCGAUGAUGAGGAGAUCAAAAAGAAGAGAUCCAAGCUGAGCAUCGAUGAGAUCCUCAACAUCAAAUCCGAAGUUUCUCCUUCUCAAUGUUCACCUUGCUCCAAUGAAUCUCUUUCUCCAAAACAGACGCCCAAGAAGGAAGUGAAGAAAGAAGUCGAUGACGAAGCUGCAGCUGAGGAAGAUUCUGGCAGUGUCAACAGCGAAAGAUCAGAUCCAAGCGAAGCUUCCCCGAAGUCAUCGACAUCUCAAUCUGAAUGA